CCGUGUUUGGCAGGAGCUCGCGGCUUCAGAUCCAACAACACCGACAAUGAGGCGUGUGGAAGAUGGUCGAAAAAUUAUCGCUGCCUCAUAAAACAGACGAUAUCCGAGACGAGCAAUGAGCGCAGCGGACUCACCGUGGACCGGUUCACUUCACCCACCGAGCUCUCACUCCCGCAGCGUGCACAGACAGAUAAACUGAAAAACCAUUUCGCAACCUAUUUUGCAUGCAGUCUACAGGGCGCAUGAAGUCUGGAUAUAUUUUCCACCGUGUUCAGUUCAGCCCAGCGACCUUGCAAUGUGCAUGCCGCUAGUUGUUAUCUGAAGGAAGUGUUCGUGCAAACCGAGAAGCGCAUGUUUUAAGCAAUAUCAGCUUUUCUCUGCAAGAUGUUUUGAGCGCCAAGGGGGGCUGAGAGGAGUCGCCUGGGGGGGUGUUUCUUCACUGCGCAGACAAGCGGCGGACCGUCUCUGCGCUACCGCUAGUCUCGUCUGAUCCACAACAAACACAGUUCACGGAGGGAAGGAGGAGACGGACUUUUGGGUUGGAAAUCUGAAAAUAUACGCCGUUAAAAUGACGAUGUCCGUCCCGGAGAGGAAAUCAGGAUCGGAGGGGAAGGAGGAGGAGAGCGAGGAUGAGAGUGAAAUCUUGGAGGAGAGCCCGUGCGGCCGCUGGCAGAAACGGAAAGAGCAGGUGAGCCAAGGAAAUGUCCCAGGCGUGGAAAGUGCGUCUCUGGCCAUGGACACGGAGGAGGGCGUGGAGGUGGUGUGGAACGAGGUGCUCUUCUCUGACAAGAAGGUCUUCAAAGCACAGGAGGAGAAGAUUAAGUUGAUGUUUGAGAACCUGAUGCAGGUCGAACACCCCAACAUCGUCAAGUUCCACAAGUACUGGCUGGACAUGAAGGAGAGCCAGGCGCGGGUGAUAUUUAUCACAGAGUACAUGUCGUCGGGGAGCCUCAAGCAGUUUCUGAAGAAAACUAAGAAGAACCACAAGACCAUGAAUGUGAAGGCCUGGAAGAGAUGGUGCACCCAGAUUCUCUCUGCUCUCAGUUAUUUGCACUCUUGUGACCCACCAAUAAUCCAUGGCAACCUGACGUGCGACACCAUCUUCAUCCAGCAUAAUGGCCUCAUCAAGAUUGGCUCAGUGUGGCAUCGGCUGUUUGUUAAUGUGUUUCCAGAUGCCAGUGUCCACGGGAAAGCGAGGCAACAUCGCGACGAGCAGAGGAAUCUUCAUUUCUUUGCACCAGAAUAUGGAUCGAGUGAAGAUGAUUAUGCCAUAGACAUUUUCUCCUUCGGCAUCUGUGCUCUAGAGAUGGCAGUGCUGGAGAUCCAGGCCAACGGAGACACUGCUGUGUCCAAGGAGGCCAUCGUCAAUGCAGGUCAAUCUCUGGAAGACCCUCUCAUGAGAGAGUUCACCCAGUCCUGUUUGCGUCAUGAAGCCAAGCUCCGUCCUACGGCACACGACCUUCUGUUCCACCGAGUCCUGUUCGAGGUGCACUCCCUCAAACUGCUCGCCGCCCACUGCCUCAUCAACAACCAGUACUUGCUCCCAGAAAACUGCGUGGAGGAGAAAACCAAGUCGUUUGACCCCAACGCCGUCAUGGCGGAGAUCAAACACGAAGACAGACAGGGCGUUCAGCUCAAAUAUUCCCACGUGUCCCCUCUGGAGCUGGACAAGUUCCUGGAGGAUGUUAAGAAUGGGAUUUACCCUUUGAUGAACUUCGCCUCGUCUCGGCCUCACCCCGUCCCUCGGGCGCUCUCCUUGUCUCAGGAGCAGGUGGAGACAGUCAAGACGCCGACUCCUGAACCGCAGGAGACAGAAACAAGGAAGGUCGUUCAGAUGCACUGUAAUUUGGAGUCAAAUGAAGAAGGGACCAAAACUCAUCUCUCUUUGUUUCUGAAGAUGGAUGAUAAACUUCAUAGGCAGCUUAGCUGUGACAUCCUGUCAACCGACACCUCUAAAGACCUUGCCAGUGAACUUGUUCACUACGCCUUCAUAAAUGAGGAGGACAGUGAGAAGGUAGCAGGGUUCCUGGAGGACGCCAUCAGCCGACACCGGGUCCGAUUGCUCGCCUCUGGGAGCACACAGUGAGAAGGGGGCCCGACAGCGGCUGGCCCACGCAGAGGGGCCCGGGCGAAGACCACACGGAUCGAGAAAGGGAGAGGGCAGCGGAUCACACAGCCGGGAACGGAGCUGACCCAGCUGGGGAUAAAAAGGGGACAAAUACAGAAGGAUGCUGGGCCUCAACAGUCAGUGAAUCAUCCCAGAGAGAACGAGGAAACGCCAGCGCUGAGCAAGGAACCGAAGGCACCUCUGGUUUCGAGGGCCGGAGGCAUCAUGGCUGUGUUCAGCAAUCCCACAAAGCAGUGGAAGAUUGACAAACUCCCUGCCUAAAAGGGCUAUCACGCCUUAAGAUAUCCUGACAACUUUUCCAUAAUGCCACUAUUCAGAACAGAUAUGUUUCACGUACAAAACGCAGCAGCUAUGUUUCCAAACGGACGUUUUAUUGCUCAUAAGCCUCGUUUGCACUCCAAAUGUUGAUUGGUGAUUAUUUACUUUGAAUUGUAAUCAAAGUAACUUACUAAAGCCCCUCUCCCUUUCAAGCCAGAACAUCAGUUUAUUACAGUUUUAGGAAUUUAAUAUUCCGUCCAACAUGCACUGUUAAUACUCAUCCAGUCGACUUAUUUAUUUCUGUUUAACUGUGAACGAUAGACGCUUUGCACAAGCCUGUUUUUUUUUUUUUUUUUGCUUUGCUUUUUAUGACGUGCAGUUAACACACCUCCCUGCGCUCUCGGCCGAAGGCUCCUUCUCCCCGAGAUAAAACACACCAUGCCUACAUACAGUGACGAGCAGUGAGAUGAUGCCUCUCUUUUAGCCUGUUGUGCUCUUAAGGGUUUUCCCUGAUAAAGUGUUCUGAAAGCCAAAGACUUGCAAAGUGCCUGAUAUGGCAAUGUACUUUGGACUAAUGAAAUGGCAUCGUAUGGAGGCAACUGAGGAACAGGUAUAUGAAUUUUAUCAGCCGCUGAAUUUCUAAUAUUAAAAUUU